CGCAGCCACAACGCCAAACGCGCACGCACACGCACACACUACCAUAAAAGCAGAGCCGAGCGCACGCGCGCGAAAGGAGCUCGGGAAAGCCCCGAUCGAUGUUCUUCCUCAUGGUCGCGGGCGCGGGCGCGGGUUCGACCACGUGUCACGUCGCGGCGCACGCCCUGGCGAGCCCGGUGGCCGCCGUCUUCUUCGCCUCGGCCGUGUGCACGCUGGCCCUCGCCGUGCUCCUGGGCUCCAUGCGGCUGCGGCCGCCGUGGUGGUGCGCGUGCGCGGUGUGCGAGGCCUACCUGACGGCGUCGUGGACGGGCGAGUUCGACAACCUCUGCGACUGGUUCGCCCACCUGCUGCGCCGCGAGCCCGGGCGGACCGUGCACGUGCACGUCCUCGGCAACGUGCUCACCGCCAACCCGGCCACCGUCGAGCACAUGCUCCGCGGCCGGUUCGACAACUACCCCAAGGGCGCGCCCUUCUCCGCCAUCCUCGCCGACUUCCUCGGCCGCGGCAUAUUCAACGUCGACGGCGACUCCUGGCUCUUCCAGCGCAAGCUCGCCGCCGCCGAGCUCGCGUCCCCGGCGAUCCGCGCCUUCACGGCCAGCGUCGUUGCCUCCGAGCUGAGGUGCCGCCUCAUUCCUCUGCUCCACUCUGCUUCCGCUGAACAGGGUGGCCAGGAGAAGCUGCUCGACCUGCAGGACGUGUUCCGCCGCUUCGCUUUCGACUGCAUAUGCAAGAUCUCCUUCGGCCUCGACCCCGGCUGCCUCGAGCUGUCCCUGCCUAUGUCGGCGUUCGCCGACGCUUUCGACACGGCGUCGAUGCUCUCGGCGCGGCGAGCGACGGCGCCCAUGCACGUGGUCUGGAAGCUUAAGCGGUUGCUCAACAUAGGGGAUGAGCGGGAGCUCCGCGACGCGAUCGGCCUCGUCGACGAUCUUGCCGCCGAGGUCAUCCGGCAGCGCCGCAAGCUCGGCUCCGCUACUGCCUCGGGCGACGACCUCCUGUCGCGCUUCAUGGGCUCCAUCAACGACGACAAGUACCUCCGCGACAUCGUCGUGAGCUUCCUGCUGGCCGGGCGCGACACCGUCGCCUCUGCUCUCACCGCCUUCUUCCUGCUCCUCUCCGACCACCCCCACGUCGCCGACGCGAUCCGGGACGAGGUCUCCCGCGUCACCGCCGGAGGGAGAGACGUCGACGACCACCCCGCGAUCGCCUCCUCCGAGAAUCUCAAGGACAUGCACUACGUGCACGCGGCCCUGUACGAGUGCAUGCGGCUGUUCCCGCCGGUGCAGUUCGACUCCAAGUUCGCGGCCGGGGAGGACACGCUCCCGGACGGCACGCCCGUGGCCAAGGGCACCCGGGUGACCUACCACGCGUACGCCAUGGGGCGGAUGGAGUCCGUGUGGGGGCCCGACUGCGCCGAGUUCCGGCCGGAGAGGUGGCUCCGGGACAGCCAGUUCGUGCCGGAGAGCCCGUACCGGUACCCGGUGUUCCAGGGCGGCGUGCGCGUCUGCAUUGGCAAGGAGCUGGCCAUCAUGGAGAUGAAGGCCGCCAUCGUGGCCGUGGUCCAGGGCUUCGACAUCGAGACGGUGGGGCGGAGCUCGCGGCGGCCCAAGUUCGCGCCGGGGCUCACCGCCACGUUCGCCGGGGGGGUGCCGGUCAAAGUGCGCCGGCGAGCACGUGCGCGCGGCUAGGUUUAUACAGUAACUUUUUUUUUUACUUAGUCAAAACGUCGCCGUCAGCCGCACGGGAUGGAUGGAUCUAUUCGUUUCAUCUUUGCUUUGCGACCGCACAUCGGAUGUGAUCGGGCGCACGCAAACUUGUUGUAAUCCACUCCUGCUCGAGAGUCAAUGGCAGCACCCAGCUUGGUGAGUGCGCUGGAAGGAAU